UGCCCGUUUUGCUUGCUGCCCUGGGCUCUGUUGAAGAUGCUUUACUCUUCUUUUCUCUGCCGGACUCAAUUUCUUCUUCUUCUUCUUCAGCUCAAUGCCGCUUCAGAUGCUGACGCCCAGUGAUUUUCUCCACGUGAGUGGUUACUAAGUUUAUCCUGUUAGUUGCAUUGGAUUGGGCAUUUCAAUGGGGGGCGAAACGGCGAACGGGUCAUGGUUCAGCGUAUUUUGGCCUGUCUCUCGCAAGACUGCUCUUGACAACAAGGCGUCAAUCGGAAUUUUGGCAUCAGAAGUUGCCAGCUUGAUGCUAAAAGUAGUCAAUUUGUGGCGUUCUCUGAGUGAUGUGGAGGUAAUGAGUCUGAGAGAAGACAUUAUAAAUUCAGUUGGGCUUAAGAUUCUGGUGUCUGGUAAUGAUGAUUUCUUAAUGGAACUUGCAUUGAAUGAGAUGCUUGAUAAUUUUGAAUAUCUCGCAAGGUCUGUGGCCAGGUUGGGUAAAAGGUGCACUGAUCCGGUAUACCAUCGUUUUGAACAUUUUGUUGAUAACCCGGCCCAGUAUAGCUUUCAAUGGUCUGGAUGGGAAUAUAAAUCUAAAAAGAUGGAGAAGAAGGUUAAAAAAAUGGAAAGAUUUGCUGCUGCUAUGACACAAUUGUCCCAAGAGCUCGAGGUCCUUGCUGAGCUUGAACAAACAUUCAGGAGAAUGCAGGCAAAUCCUGAGCAGAGCCGAGUAAAAUUGCUUGAGUUCCAGAAAAAGGUCGCAUGGCAGCGCCAAGAAGUGAAAAAUCUAAGACACAUGUCUCCUUGGAAUAGAAGUUAUGAUUAUAUCGUCCGGUUGCUGGCAAAAUCACUCUUAACAGUACUUGAGAGGAUCAUACAUGUUUACGGAAAUAGUCAUCUGUCAACUCAGCAACAGAAUGAUUGUCCAGACAUGGAUGCUAGUCAUCUUCCACGCAGCCUUUCCUUUUCUGUUCCAACCCAUUCUUCUUUUAACUCAUCGUAUAAUCAGUUUCAUGGAUUUCAUUCAGAACCACUUGGAAGCAUGCCAGUGUCGAACUCAGACUCUGUAACUGACAAGAGCAAAAGAGCAAACACGCUUCAACAAGCUCUUAAUGCAACUGCCUUACGUGGAAAGCAUCUUCGUUCAGCAAGCAAACAAUUAGCUCAUAUUGGUCCCUUCAAAGGAUGCAUGUGGGUAGGAAAUGAGUCUCCUGUUGUACAGAGCUGCAUGCCAACAACUGGAGGUUCUAUGAGGUUGAAUGACUGCCAUAUGAAAAGUGUUGAUAAAAUGAACGUUGUGGAUAAAUUAUCUCUCUCUUGUAGGAAUAGAAUAUAUUCUAGAUUAUCCAUCAAAGGUCGAUUAAAGCCAGCUCCAAUUACCCUUGGCGAUUCUGCUUUGGCUCUUCAUUAUGCAAACGUUAUCAUAUUAAUAGAGAGAAUGGUAUCAUCGCCUCAGUUGGUUGACCUUGAAACCAGAGAUGAUCUGUAUAAUAUGUUACCAGCAGCUAUGAGAAGUGCUCUGAGAGCUAAGCUAAAGUGGUGCACCAAAAAUAAGGAUGCUUCUAUCUAUGAUGCUAAUCUUGCAGAAGGAUGGAUACAGGCACUCGCGCAAAUGCUAGAAUGGUUGGCUCCACUCGCUCAUAACAUGAUAAAAUGGCAUUCUGAGAGGAAUUUUGAGAAGGAGUAUACCACUUCAAGAGCAAAUGUUUUACUUGUCCAAACGCUUUACUAUGCGAACCAACCAAAAACUGAAGCUGCAAUGAUAGAGCUUCUUGUUGGCCUGAAUUAUGUAUGCAGGAUAGAUAGAGAAAUUGGCAGAAGAGAUACGGCUGAGUUUGGUGGUGCUAGAUCUUGUAAUGGUGUUUGUUUGGGAAAGAAUGAUAUCUGUAAUGAAUAUGCUUAGAGUUGGACAGUGACAGUGUAGUCCUCAUGGCUCACAGGAAGGUGUGAUCGGCAUUGUAUAGCUCUCAUUGCAAAUGGGAGGGUAAAGGAUUUGCCGUUCAGCACUUUUAGGGCUCCGACAUGUUGAAGCUCAGGUUACGUUUCGUUGUAUCAUUUAAGACAGCGUAUGUACAUGCAUUCAGAUACAAUCUUACAUGAUUCCAAGCGAAAGAGGGCUUCUUUUAAUAUCACU